AUGGCUUCUACGACCACCAUGAACAGCUGGAUGGAAGAGCUGGCCCUCACGUUCCUUCCAUCGAACAACAAGUCUAAAGAUGCACGCAAGCAUAAAGAAGUUUUUAUUCGCAAGAUUAGGAACCACCCCUAUGGACGAACAGAUCAAUUUGCGGUUGCGGAAAAGCUUGCCGGCCUUGAGGAGAAACUACUAGUGCUUAACCUCGACGAUGUGGCCGAAGAACUAUACUCUCGCCGGAGGGAGCUGAGCAGACACAAUGAGCGGUGGAUUCCAGACGUCCUUGAUCUUUUGCUCCAUCUAUCGCAUGAUCUGGUGAAGCACAACCAGAUCGAAAUCCUCGAAAAUCUCCGCCCUCGACCCCAGACCACCGAGCCAUUGAAAUGGGCUGAUGUUGAGGCGGACGCUCCUGACAAGCACCGUGACGGGAUCUGGCAGAUUCCAGAGUACAGUGACUUUAGCUCAGAUGACGACGAAAUAAUCCUUUCGAGCACGAAAACGUCUCCUGUCAGUGAUCAACAGAAACAAGAAAACACUGUUGGACUGGACAGGAUUCUCGACGAACAGGAUGGUGAUGGCGAUCUCAUCUCCCCUUUCGACCUCCAAGCUUCACAGUUCUGGCAUAGCUCGGAGCGGAGUGUACCCGAGAAGCAAGCGGCCAGAGAGGUCCUGUUUAUGCUGGGUGGGCUCCCCACGUCCCUCUUUGUCUCCUCUAAUCGUGCAAUACGACCCAAUCCACAAUAUCGAAUUCGUCACCUUGAAAACAGUGCUUCACAGGUGCUUUUGAUUGCAGCAGCUUCUUUGGGUUCACAAAUUGAUCGUGUCCGCAAAUGGCUGGAUAUUCCGCAAGAUGUGAGCGUUAUGCAGCUCGUCCAAGAUGGUAUCAGAGAUAUCCUAGUCGACUUUGAGCAAGGGGUGUCUGAGAUGCAAAACGAUAUUUUGCAUGACAUCUCAUCCACAGGAACCAUCAGCCUCCUUCAAAUUUUGCAAACUGUGAGAAAGGAAAGCAGUCGCUUGAGGGCCAUUGAUGCUGUUACGCCGCAUCUUGCCCAGAAUGACACCAUCGGAUCCUUGGAUACGCUUUACAGCCAGCUAGAUCAAGCAUAUUCCGCGUGUGAUUUGGCAGCCUCUGAGACACUGCUUCCGAUUUUCAUAUCUGCUUUCCAGCUAUAUGCCAAACCGCUCGACCUCUGGUUGCAUACGGGGAGAUUGGAUUCUUCCGCACCCUUCUUCAUACAUGAGAGCGAAGGCGUGAGAAACGGUGCCACACUAUGGCAUGACUGGUUUCAGAUUUCUGACGAUAAGAGACACGUUCCUCUUGUCCUUCAACCCGUUGCUGAAAAGAUUUUUACAGCUGGCAAAACAGCUGCCUUUUUGCAGCGUCUAGGACGAGCAGAUGUCGACCGUGAGGAACAACUGCUUGGACUCGACUGCGCCAUGACAGAGACUCUCCAGAUGAUUGGCGGGUCACCGAUUCCGUUUUCAGCAACUUUCGAGACGGUCCUAGAACGCCACUUGAAUUCUCUCCUGGUCAGCUCUACAGCAGCUCUCAAAGAGCUUUUAGAGGGCCACUGUGGUCUCACACGACUCCUUGAUGCGUUCGACUACCUUUACCUCGGUAUCGACGGGGCGAUUUUGAGCCACAUUGAAUGUCGAUUGUUCAAUCGAAUAGACAGCUGCCUGGAGAUGUGGAACGACCGCUUCCUUGUUGCGAGCUCAUUAGCCGAAGCGUACCAAGGCAUCGAAUGCAUCGAUGCAGACUCAAUAACUGUCCACUCGGCGUACACAUCAUCUCGAAGCAUUGCGAACCGCCGCCGCUCGGUCAAGAUCCUCGGCGCCGUGACGGUCUCAUACCACGUUAACUGGCCUCUCGCCAAUAUCGUCCUGCCAGCUUCGAUGGCGUCGUAUCAACGGAUCGGUCUGAUCCUGGUCCAGAUCCGGCGGGCCAAAUUUGUUCUCGAACGCCGCGCGUAUUUCCGCGUCCAGCAUACUCCUCUCGGCAUGGACAUGAAUACCCAAAAGAACGCACAAUCCGUCUAUUCAAUGUUGCUGCACUUUGUCAAUCUUCUCUACGCCCAUCUCACCACAUGCACCAUCAAACCCUUAACCUCCGCCAUGCGUGCCAAUCUCACUUCCACUGCGACUGCGACGGUAAGUGUCGAUGACAUGAUCGCUCUGCACACGGGCUACAUCCGUACGCUCGAGCACGCGUGCCUCUCGAGCGACCGCAUCACGCCGCUCCGAGAGAGCGUCCUGGCCAUCUUGGAUCUGUGCAUCCGCUUCGCUGACCUGGUGACGUCGCCGGGCACAGCUUCAACUGGGCACCGCGGCUACGGCGACAUGGACUUUGAGGCAGGUUCGUACAUCUCGGUACGGAGCAGCCGCCGAGGACGUCGGCGAAGAUAUGGCAAUGCUCAGCAUGAUAUGGAGUCUUUGUCAUCUGACAGCGAGGAUGAGGAUGAGGAUUACCCUAGUGGUGCAGGGGAGGGGGAAGGUUACUCGACGUUCAUGUUGGACGAAGACAGCUCCGUGAUGAAGGAGGUUGUGAAAGUGCGCGAAGCCUUUCUGAAACACGCAUAUUUUCUGAUAGCCGGGCUGAGGGGCGUGGCGAGAAGUUCGGGUGCUUUGGGCGACGGGUUUGAACUGCUCGCGGAUUCACUGGAAGGGACAGUCAUAGGCACUGGGAAAAGACAUAGGCAAAGCGAUUUGUAG